AUAGUAGGGAACUAAAUCCACCUAAUAGGGCCACACCAAUAAACACCUCGGAUAGGUGUUAAAUCUCAAGUAGCCGACAUGACACCCGCUGCCUUUCGAGUUUCGGCAUUCAGAACCAACGCCUAGCGGCGGCUUUAAAGGCACGCCAAUCAUCUGUGCUUAUUUUGAACCUCGUAAUUCUUCCUUUGCUAUUGCUAAAAUCAGUAAAAUUUCAACUUCAACUAAGGAACAUGCUUCUUUUGUGAGAAAUCAACGCGGGAAAUCGCAUCAGUGCAACGAAGACGAAGCUAGCGAGCUAAUUGAUCUUAUUCACUGACCUCUAGAGCAAUGAGAGCACUGAGAGAGGUCAGUGCUUUGAUUGCUCUAAAUUAAGUUGCAUGACAAUCGCGCGGGAUUCGCCGCAAGUUUGAACGUUGUGACAUUUUGUUUACAUCAUAUUAUGACAAUAAAUGAAUUUGUACGGCAUUAUAAAAUAAUAUUAUAAGCAAUAGAUUUAUUUAGAAAAUCACGAAAUAAUAAUGGCGAAUGAUAGUGAUGUGAAGUCAAUUAUGUCGAUAUCGUCAAGAUCGGAGGGUAGUACAGUACCGUUAUCUCGUUUACGCUGGCGGAAUGCCCCCCUCCAUGAAAGAUGCUCAAUGGCAGACAUGCUGAAGAUCAAAGAGGCAUUCCAAGAGGCGUACCUGAAUAAAAUGCUGGCUGGAGAAUUCAGAAGCCUAUUGAGGACGUUAAUUAACGUGGAAUACGAUGAUGAAGAGUUCCAUAUAUUGUUCAUGAAGAUUAACACGUCCCGUAAUGGCGAGAUUGAUUGGGACGAGCUCGUUUCACACCUCCUUCUGGGAUAUUUCGCGAAUGAUCCUGAAAACCAGCGCGCCUCACUGCAGCUACCAAUCAUGGGGCUGCCCGUAGUUAUGCGAUCACAGCAUCGCCAACCCGUGUCCAGGAUAUGUUUCUGCCCAGACGUUUCUAAGGAUAGGAGUACAGAUGCAAUGCAAGGCAAUUACAUGACUGUAAGCCGCGACGGUAUGAUCAACUGGUGGUCCCUCGAAAUGUCUCUCUUGCGGACAGCAUACUCAUCCAGCCCACACUUAAAGGUACGCACUACAUGGGUGACAGAUAUGGUGUGCCUUCCCGACGUAAACAUCGUAGUAACGAGCUCUACAGAGCGGGAUCUUCGUUUCUACGACUGCACCGCCAAAACGUUCACCCUGAAAAUUGUCAUUACUAGUUGGGAAUAUAUGAUAUGCACAAUGCACUAUCAUUUUUACAAGGAUCCAAACGAGCAAUCUAUUCUCAUUUGUGGCGACGUGGCUGGAAAUGUUCGGGUGCUGACGUUUUCACCCAUCAAACGAGGCCCCUUCCGCAACCAGCCCGGUAGGGCAUUGUUGCAGCUAAGACACGUAGAUCUGCAAAAGCGGCGUCGCCUGCUUCCAGAGAUGAGAUUGAUAGAAAUGAUCCGGGUGCACAGCGACUGGGUGCGUCAAGUGUCGUUCUAUGCAUCUCUGCAUUGCAUUGUGUCUUGCUCCACCUGCCCUGAUGCAAUGCUGAUGUGCGACCUGGCUGCAUCAAAGACUCACAACAUGUUCCGGGUUGAUAAGGGUAUUCAGUGUUUCGUGUUCGACGAGGAGGCGCAUGUGUUAGCGACGGGCGGCCCCGACUGCACUGUGCGCGUGUGGAACCCUUUCGUGCCCAGCAAGGCCAACGUUACCUUUCAUGGUCAUCAUGCGGGCGUCACGGCGCUGGUGCUGCAGAACAACGGUCAAACAAUCUAUUCGCUGUCCCGCGACCGUGUCAUCAAGGUGUGGGACGUGCAAGGGCAGGUUUGCGUACAGACCUACAUCGACAUCCCGUCUCAAAUCGGCGAGCGCACGCCCGUCUCGGCGGUAUACAACCCUGCAACCCGCGAGUUUAUUUUAGCAUCUAUUAAAAUCGCCGUGUUAAUCCUCGACGAGCAACUCAACUCGCAACAUACGGAUGGCUUCACACAUUCCCGAGCCGUAGCAAAAGUGCUCUACAACCCACUUUUCAAGGUUGUCAUCACGUGUGGAAUGGACAGCAUCAUCAUUAACUGGGAUCCUGUAACAGGAAAGCGCAACGUGAUGGUCCGCGACGCGCAUACCCGUCUGUUACACGGAGAGCUGAUCCCCGUCGAGAUCACCGCGGCCUGUUUCGACCCAGGAAACCAGCUGCUUCUCACUGGUGCCAGGAAUGGCACACUCAAGGUUUGGAACUUUAACACUGGCCUGUGUCUCAGAAAUCUGGCGAUUGAACAUAUGUGCGAAGUAACUAACUGCUUUUGGGUGGAAGGAAGGAUCCUAGCUGUAGGAUGGAACCGCCACGUGACAGAGUUCGAGGACACCAGCACCAGCUCGACGGGAAAGUCGUGGGAGACGCGUCACUCGGACGACGUGCUGGCCGCGGCCGUACGAACUCCGCUAACCCUCGCCACUGCCUCUUACAACUCAGAGCUCAUCCUCUGGAAGCUGGAAACUGGCCAGCCGUACAGACGCUUUUCGUGUACGGAGCCGAUGUUGCGGAUCAAAUUGCAGUACAGUAAGCGCGCCGCUUCGCCGCAGGCCGCGCCGGCAGCCUCUGGCCGACGCUCCACCUCCACAAUAAUGCGGCCAAGCGUGGGCGGCGCUCGCGAGUCACUGAUCGACUCGUCGGCCGCAAUGCAGAAGGCGCGCGCGCGCCGCGUGUCCACGGUGGCACUGCCUGCGCGCGCGCAGAAAAUGCGCCAGCUCGCCGCGCACGCCAUGAUCUUCCUCACCACCCGGCCCUGCGCUAUGCGCGUUGCGUCCCUCAUAGUAGGGCUGGAGAACGGCCGGGUGCAGUGCUGGUCGGACCACCCGGCCGGCGGGCUGCAGGGCGCUUUCCAGGGCAUCCACACCGCCGGCGACUACGUGUCGGCCUUCGCCACGGACGUCGACAACGACUUCCUUUUCACUGGCACCACGGUGGGGUACAUCAAGGUGUGGCUCAUGAAGAACUACCUCAGGAAUGAAGAGGUGCACGUGAACAUGCCGCUGCUGCGGCUGACGUUCCCGUUCCUGUGGCGGGACCGCGUGCCGGGGCGCGCCAAGCGCAGCGUGCGCGACCAGCCGCUGCCGCUGCUGCUCAGCAGCUACCGCGCGCAUCUGCGCUGCGUCACCGCGCUGGCCUACAUCGAUGGCCAGCGGCUCGUGCUCAGCGGUUCGUCGGACUACAGCGUGCGCGUGUGGAAGCUGUCGGGCGAGUACCUGCAGACGAUGGGCAGCUUCGUUCCUCGGAGCCUCGAGCUGCCGCGCUUCCCGCCCGACGUCAGGAAGGUGGCCAGUUUCACCACUUUCAAGGUGUGGCGCGGCGGCUGGGUGUCGCGCUACGUGCCGGGGCAGGUGGCGGGGGACGCGCUCGGCGACAUCACAGCGCUGGAGCUGCGCACGCGCACGUUCGGUGCGCCGUGCGCCGAGCCUCUGCUGGGCCGCCACCUGGCGCUGCCGCAGCGGCCCGAGCCGCAGGCGCCGCCCCAGCUCGACGACGCGCUGCCCACGAUCCCGCUGUACGCACACCUACGCAUGGCGUCAACGCAGCCGGUGCGGCGCCCGCCGACGCCCGAGCUGGUGCGCGCCACGCGCACGCGCCGCGAACAACACCGCGCCGCGCCACGCACGCACUUCGAGGAGACCGCGGAGUAAAGACCAGGACGAGAUGGCAAGCCACCGCAUACAGUUCAUUUAUAGGUUACUUCACCGUUCACGAGACAUUCCUAUUUAACAUGUUAUGUUACGUAUGAAGCUAAAUUCUACACCAUUGGAUUUUUUUUACUCCACUACAAGUUAAGUCUGUAGUCUAAGAUGGUAACAGGCUACCCUUUUAGUAUAUGGCAGUUGUAUUAAAUCGGUUUCUACGCGACAUCGUGUCGGAUAGCUAAAUUGAUUGGUGGCACGUCUAUGUUGGCAGGGUGGUUAAUAGCCACGACCGAAGCCACCUGCCAGAAAAUCGACAAUCAAAACCCUCAAAUGGAUCCGGUCGGAUAUCGAGCCCCGGACCCCUGCUUAUGAGCCAGUCGAAGUUAACGAGAAAGUCGUUAUAAGCCAUUGGACACGUUGAACAUCGAAUAUUUAUUUUGGGCUCCUGGCGUCUGGACUAGCAAUACCGGUUCUCACGAACCUUUGCAGUUCGAUUUUAUACCUACCUAGGUAUAACAUAAUAUCGGGUUUCACUUUAAAACUGAUUUCUGUACC